GCACAAACCAACGAUGUCUGCGAUGGUCCCUCCAUCACCAUUGCUAGCUCCACAGACGCCGAACAGAUCGCAGACUGCGAAGUCUACGACGGAGAUGUCAUUAUCGACUCCACUGCAACUGGAACAAUUCAAAUCAACGGGGUUCAACAGAUCUCAGGUGAUUUGACUUGCAACAAUGCCACACAGUUGACUGCCAUCACCUCUGACCAGCUAAACGUGAUCGGAGGCCAAUUCAGCCUUACUGGCCUGACCAUCCUAUCUACUCUAAGCUUCGAUUCUCUGACUGGAAUCAACCAGAUCAACUGGGUUGGACUGCCAGCAUUGCAGAGCCUUAACUUCGCCCAGUCAGUGGACCGCGCCAACUCCAUUGUCAUCUCCAACACUCAAUUGAACAACAUCGAGGGCAUUGACCUAACGGGUGUUGGCAGCAUGGAUAUCAACAACAACCCAUACCUCACCUCCGUCAAUGUCAACCAAUUGAAGAACGUUACAACAGCCAUCUCUUUCUCCGCCAAUGGACGCGAUUUGGAGAUCCUGUUCCCCAACUUGAUCGAUGCGGCCAACUUGACCUUCCGAAAUGUGAGCAGAGUGGCUAUGCCGUCCCUUGCUACCGUUGCCGGCUCCAUUGGCUUCUAUUCCAACUCGUUCGAGUCCUUCGCUGCUCCCAACCUGACCCAGACCGGUGGUACCUUGGCCUUUGUUGACAGCCCCAACUUGGCCAACCUCUCUUUCCCCAGCCUCACAACCAUUGGCGGUGGAUUUCUGAUUGCCAACAACACCGACUUGAAAGCUAUUGCUGGCUUCCCCAAGCUCAAGACUAUUGUCGGCGCUCUUGACUUUGCUGGUACUUUCGACUCCGUUGUCAUGGGCUCGCUCACCGAAGUCCGUGGAGGAUCCAAUGUCCAGACCACCUCUACCAACGAAACCAUCUGCGAACUGUUCAACAAGGCUCAUGCCAAUGGUGUCAUCCGCGGCGUCAACACCUGCAUUACUGGCAAGGCCAAUCCAGAGACCAACCCAUCAUCCACUGGUGGAGGCUCUUCUCCUUCCAGCACCGCCGAGCCCAAUGGUGCUGCCGCCAUGAUGACACCUGUUUUGUCCAUGACCGGUCUUGCUGGUUUGAUUGCUGCCCUUCUUUUCUAA